CUGAAACCUGACCUGAACGAAGUUACUUCUUCAUAAGGGGCAAAAAUGGCCUCAAAAUUUGAUAGUACCCAACUCAGCUUGCUCAAACAAUUUGUCGAAUUGUGUAAAACGAAGCCUGAACUGCUGUAUUCUCCACAGCUGAAGUUUUUCAAAGAUUGGGUGGAAAGCGUGGGAGGUAAGAUUCCUCCACCACCAGAAAAACCUAAAGAACCAGAACCAGAACCACCUCCAAAAGCAGCAGAGGAGCCUCCAAAAGCAGCCAAGGAGCCUCCAAAAGCAGCUGAGGAACCUCCAAAAGCAGCUGAGGAACCUCCAACUGAGGAGCCUCCAAAACCAGCUGAGAAGCCAAAGGCAGCUGAAAAGGAUAAAGAAGAACCAAAGCCCACUGCUUCACCAGAAAAGGUGAUGAUUAAGUAUGAUAGUUUUUUGGAAGAUAAUUAUGGUAGAACUCUGCUAACUCGAGCUCCCAUCGGAAACAGAAAACAGGUUGAGAAGGCUCCAGCAAAAGAACCUGAGGACAGUGAGAGUGAGGAAAGCGAUGUUGAAAUUGACAAAGAAGGAUGUCUUGAACCAGACAAUGAUGAACCUCAGCAAAUGGGAGAUGCAAGCAUUGAAGUUACAGAUGAAAUGAGGGAGGAAUCCUCCACAAAGAGAAUGGAAGCUAUUGCAGCAAUGAAUGAAGGAAACUUGGAUGAGGCACUCAAGCUUUUUACUGAAGCUAUUGUUAAGAAUCCAUCUGCAAGCAUGUAUGCUAAACGAGCAAGUUGUUUUAUUCGCAUGAAGAAACCAAAUGCAGCCAUUAGGGACUGUGAUGAGGCUGUAAAGAUCAACCCUGACUCUGCCCAACCGUACAAAUGGAGAGGACGAGCACACAGACUCCUGGGUCAUUGGGCAGAGGCAGCCAAGGAUCUUGCCAUGGCAUGCAAACUGGAUUUUGACGAACAAACUGAUGAGUGGCUGAGGGAAGUGAAACCAAAGGCACAACUUCUACUAGAGCAUCAGAGAAAACAGGAACGGAAACGUCUGGAGAAAGAAGAGAAGAAGAAAGAAGAGAAGAAAAAAGAAGAGAAGAAGAAAGCAGACAUGAAAAAGAUGAAAGAAGCUCAAGAAAAAGCUAGGAGGGAAGAAGAGGAAAGACAAAAGAGGCAACAGAGGCAAAAGAGGCCACAGGAGGGCACAACAAUGCGUGGUGGCUUUCCACCUCCUGACCUAGGGGCAGACCUUGGGGAAGACGCAUUCCCUCAUCCUGAGCCAGGAGGAGCAGCCCCUGGAGGGACCGAUACACCAAACUUGAACGAGCUUCUGAGUGAUCCAGAGUUGUUAGAAGCUUUCCAGGAUCCUGAAGUGAUGGCCGCCUUCCAAGAUGUGAGCCAAAAUCCAGCAAAUCUCUCAAAUUACCAACAUCUUCCCAAAGUCCAGAUGAUCGUCGACAAACUCGCCGAGAAGUUUGGUCCCGCGGGAUCUGGCCCGCCACCUGAUACUAGCGGGUUUCCCGGGGGUGGUUUUCCCGGAGGUGGUUUUCCCGGGGGUGGUUUUGGAGGCGGUUUUGGAGGUGGUUUUGGAGGUGGGUUUGGAGGUGGGUUUCCUGGCGGGGGUUUUGGUGGUGGCUUUCCGGGCGGAAUGCCAUUUGGGAACAUGUUUGGCGGCGGGCGGUGAAUAACAAUUGUGAACUCGAAUUUACUUUGGAUUUUUUUUUCUUUUUGCUGCGCAAAAGCAAAACGUGAAACAGUAACUAAGUAUUGUAGUCUUAACGACACGAAUCGCUUUGCGUUUCAAAAUAGAGCGACCUCUUUUGUUAAAUGUGUAGCCAACCUCGUAAUAGCCGAGGGCGAUAGUGAGUUUGCAAUUCUACUAUUUCUACCAGAAACCGAAGGAAGGGUCAGUUUGAUCUGGUUAAACUACUUAAAAAGUGAGGUCAAUUUACAUUAUAAUUUUCAGUUCACACCUGAACUUUUAGUCCUUUAUACCAACAUACUUAGAAAAGCCAUAGGCUGACGCAGUUUGCCGGAAUUGUUCCGUGGGAUGUUUGUGGCAUACCACGAUAACAAAAAAUCCGGCUGGGUUUCUUUUUCAUUCUUACUAAAUUGUAACGACCACAAAACUGAAAAAAGGCAAGAUUAUUACACCGUUAACAAACUUCUAGCACCAAUAAAUUCAGCACUUAAUCUCAAAACAAGUCCUUAAAACAUAAUAAAUGAUCUGUGGUUCCAAGAAAUGA